AUGGAUCUUCAUAAUACCACAUUGUCAUACGGCACUGAAAACGUUACGACGUUCUAUCAUAUAGACAAUACAUCAUUUCUUUAUAACAACCUCAGCUACCUUUUCGUUGGCUCAGAUGACUACGAUGAUGUGUCGUUGACGACAAGUCUUACACCUCUGGGACCCCAAUUUUACAGUAUCCAACACGCCAUUUCAACAUCCAUUAUUCUUGGACUCCUAAUCCUUGCGACAAUUAUUGGCAAUGUUUUUGUAAUUGCAGCUGUGCUCUUGGAGAAAAACCUACAUAAUGUCGGCAAUUAUCUUAUUAUAUCGCUGGCCGUCGCCGACUUGAUGGUGGCUUCCCUUGUAAUGCCGUUAAGCGCUCUAAAAGAAAUCAGUAAAGUAUGGUUCUUGCAGAGAGAGGUCUGUGACAUGUGGACUUCAUUCGACGUUCUCUGCUGUACAGCUUCAAUAUUACACCUUGUUGCAAUCGCCAUGGAUCGAUACUGGGCCGUGACGAACAUUGAGUACAUCCGAAAUCGUAACCAAAAAAGAAUUAUCAUCAUGAUUGUCCUAGUAUGGACAGUGGCCAUGUUCAUUUCGAUCCCGCCCCUCUUCGGGUGGAGGGAUAUAAACUAUGAUGCAGAAUUCACUGGCCAAUGCGUGAUCAGUCAAGACUUAGGAUACACCGUCUUUUCGACGGUUGGCGCCUUUUAUUUACCAAUGUUCAUCAUGAUGUUCAUUUACCUACGCAUCUAUAUGGUUGCCCGGGCUACCAUACGAAAAGACAAUUUCGGCAAACGAAAAGAUAAGAAACCAAAGGACAACACAACAGUUAACCUUCUCUCAAAACCGUACGAUUCGACUCAGAACAACUCAAACGCAGAAAUGAGUCCGAAGAAACAGCACCAACAAAUCGAGGCUGAUGUGUCGACGCUGGAAGUUAAAGUGACCAAUGGUCAUGUCGACGAAGCCCAUACCGUCAUGCUGCCUAUAGAACCUGGUGAAGCCAUACGACAAGAACGAGCACGAAACAAGGAAAAGAUGGAAAUCAAACGAGAGAGAAAGGCAGCUCGAACCUUGGCAAUCAUCACAGGGGCUUUUAUUAUGUGUUGGUUGCCGUUUUUCAUCAUUGCUUUAGUCGGACCCUUCUUUCCCCAAGCUAUAAAUGUUCCUGAUGUUCUUAUGAGUAUUGUCCUGUGGCUUGGUUAUAUGAAUAGUCUGCUGAACCCAAUUAUAUACACGAUUUUCAGCCCGGACUUUCGAAACGCAUUUCAUAAAAUACUCUUUGGCAAAUACAGAAGAACAGCAAAUAGACAUAAUGUAUACUAA